CGGCGGGCAGUAAAAAAGUGAGAAAAAGAAAAUGUAGCAUCCCGUGAAGGCAAGCGCCACACAAUAGUAACAACUCGAAAAGGGUUAAGCAAAAACAUUUGUGAAGCGGUUAACGGAAAAGGAAAAAAUAAGGAAAAACAAUUUAGUGCAUCGGUUGAACUUUCCAGCUUAAGCUAUUUCCCCCAAUCUACAUACAAUUCUGUGGGGAGGUAUUUCUUUUUUUUUUUUUUCCUUUUUUGACAAGUUAAAAUUUGUGCAUAGCUGAGGGUGAACCAAUUGCGAACAUGGCAGAAAAUGAGGCCGCUAAGGAAAGAUCCCCCAUGGGGAACUUAAAAAGGAGCCUAACAAUGACCUUGUAUUUCAUCGGGAUUUCCACCGCGUCGUGGUUCAUAUGUACGACGAAACGGAGGAAGGAGUGGGCUGACAUAAUGCUGGACUACGUUCAUCACAAGAGGUGUUCCUUCCUGUCCAACUCGUGGGAGCACUUUUUGAGGAGACUCAAGUCAUGACGAAUUUUAGUAGCCGCCUGUAAAUUUGUUCUUUUCCAGCGGCGGCAAUGUGCAUAUUGGGCGGGCGUUUAAAGGGAGGACCGUUAGUUGUUCAUUUUUUGCAUUUUUUUGCAUUUCCUCCAUUUUAUCUUCUCCAUUUUAAGAUUUUUUUUUUUUUUUUUUUGUUUUUUUUUGCACUCCCCAUUUGGUGACCAUCUGGGGGGGGAUAAAAGACCGCACAUUUCACUCGCACAGCAUUGCAUUUGCUGACCGGGAUACUCACCUUUUACAAAACCGCUAAUGGUUCAUCCAAUUAGGAAC